AUGGGUCUUCUACAGAGAUCGUGUCAAGCUUGCGUCAAAGCCCGACGGCGCUGCAAUCUCGCGAGUCCCUGCUGCGAGAGAUGCUCCACCAAGCGUAUUCCCUGUCGGUACGCCAAUGAGCCAGCCCCUGCAGCUGUCGAAAAGACACUCAAAAGUAUUGUCAAAUCUCGAAAGCUCAAGGAAGAACAGGGUACUCAGAAUUUGUCGCAUUUAUUGGUCCAUGGUGUCCUGGAUACAAGGCUACAGAUCUUCAUUCGACAGAUACUCUCCAAUGAUUACUAUGAAGGCUCUCGACCUCCUCUGGCGGAAUCAGAUCUGGCCAAGUUAAACGGUCACAGAAUCAUCAGCAAGCCGAUGAUCAAUGGUCUCCAAAUAUUUAAUCCAUUGCAUCUCGAGAUUAUGCGAGUGUUUGAUCAGCAGACGCUUCACCAGUUAUCAGACAUUCUUCGAUCCUUUCCAGACCAGUUUGCUGAGCAUGGCACGACUACCUUCAUCCACUCUGCCCUAUACGAUUCCUCACUACCACCACCACUCAAACAAGUUCGCGAUAUCUGCUAUAGCUAUCAUAUCGGCGGCAACUAUCUAGCCAGCAGCCGCCUUGAUGCCCUCCGCCUCACAAUCAGACGUCUCCUCCGCCUUUCCAAACGCCACAACACAUUCGCAGACACACUGGCAUACGUACAGGCAAUAAGCCUCGCCCAAAUAAUCCGUCUCCUGAAGUGUCACGACACAGACGAGGAUGGCAUCGAACGUGACAAUGAAGAAAUGUGGGCUCAGACUCAUUCACUAUGGCAAAAUGCUCCCACUCAACUACCAAGCUCACUAAGUCCUUGGAAAGCAUGGUUAUUCUCCGAGAACGUGAGACGGACUAUAAUGGUUUGCAAUAUUCUCUUGGCGGUGUAUAGUUCGUUGAGAAGGGGAUAUACUAUGCAUUCACUUUGCGUCGAAGCUCUACCGUUUGAUGUGCGGACGAAGCUUUGGGAUGCGGAUAGUGAGAGUGCUUGGGAGGCUGCUGCGUGGAAAGUGCCGGGGCCUUAUUUGGUGACGUUGAGUCAAUUCACAGAGGCUCAGCAGCCGAAAGUCGGUGCUUCACGGUUUGAAGAUCUUCUUCUGCUCUCCUUCAGGAAAUAA